AUGACCGAUUACGCGCAGUAUCAACAGCCCCACCACGGGCAUGCGCCCGGGCACAUCCAGCCCUACGGUGGAGGCCAGAACCCAGCUGCAGGCAACCCAUCAAUCACGUCACCCACACAACAGCAACAGAUGCAUUCGUAUCAGCAAACAUCGCCAAUCCUCCCGUCGCAGGGAUACGGUCAAGCUGGCGCGCAACACCAGCAACACCCUCAGCAGAUGGCCUACGCACAGCAAGGCUACAUGCCCGGCAUGCCCCAGGCGUACGGUAUGUCGCCAACACAAGCGGCAGCCAUGGCCACAGCUGCCGCUGCAGGUCCGGCAGGAGCCUACGGAUACGACCAGAAUGCGAUGCAUGGACAGCUCGCGCAAGACCCCAGAGCAUCCCCGCGCAUGUCUGGAGGACAAUUGAAGCAGGACGUACGCGCUGCUCCGCGGUCGCCCACCGCCGUCUCAGCUGGCAUGGCUGGACCGCUCGCAUCCCAGGUCCAGAUGACACCCAGUCAAAUGCAGCAGCGCAGAAUGAGCACCCAAAUCAGCAGUCCUGCGAUGCAGCAGCCUCAGCCGGUCAUGAGUCACGUAGGACCUCGCUCGUCCAUCUCAGGCCCCCCUCAGAUGGCAGCACCACCACAGCAUCAACAGUCGCCCGAGCUUGUAGCUGGAGCGCAGGCCGAGGAAGCCCCACUCUACGUAAACGCUAAACAGUUCCACCGAAUCCUGAAGCGCCGGCUCGCGAGACAGAAACUGGAAGAUGCCCUCCGUCUGACAUCCAAGGGCCGCAAGCCAUACUUGCACGAGUCGAGACACAACCACGCCAUGCGUCGCCCCCGUGGACCUGGUGGACGAUUCUUGACCGCUGAGGAGGUCGCGGCUAUGGACGCCCAAGGCAAGGACGGCGAGACCGACAACAAGGAGAACAAUGUUGCCCCACCCCCACCCAAGGCCAGGGGUGGGGGCCCCAAGCGCAAAGCUUCUCAGACUCAGCUGAAGGCCGGUCCACCCAAGAAGACCAAGGCCCAGCAACAGAGCAUCAGCGAAGAGGAUGAGGAUGAGGAAGACGAUGAUCCGGAGGAUGACGGCUGA